AUGUACGUUACCGGCAUUCCGCGUCAGUUUCUUUUUGGGAAGGGCACUUUCCGCGAAGCGAGCGUCGCACAACGCAUGUCAUGGAUUGCCAACAGGAGUACGACGAGGAAAGAGGAUAUCGUUUAUUGCCUUUUUGGUAUUUUCGACGUGCAGAUGGACCUUAGAUAUUCAGAGGGACGCAAGAAGGCAUUCCUUCGACUCCAGGAGGAAAUCAUGAAGACAAGCUACGACGAUUCAAUUCUCGCAUGGGACCUCGAUACCAGCCAGGCCGAUAACGACUCGAAAACAACCACGGGUAACCUAUGUGGACCUAUCUUAGCAACUGAUCCUCGGGCUUUUGCAAACAGCAGGCCGAUUGUAUCCUGGGUUGGCCAAUCCACGAUCCAUCUCGAAAAGUUGACGGGGGGGUUCAUUUGGGUUCAACUGUCUUUACAUACAACUCAAUCGGGACAGACUUAUGGACUGCUGAAGUCUAGUUCCCACUUGCCUGAUGGUCUUGUAGUAGGGAUUCCGCUUCGCCGGGUUACACACGGAGCAAACUCGGAUGAAUACAUGAGACCAGAGGGAAGCAAGGCAAUCCUUCUACCACGACCUCUCAAUGCGGAACCCCCGAGAAAGGUGAAGAUAUGCUCACCAUUCACCCCGAGGGAUGCCCAGACCAGAAACCAGCGAUACGGCUUCAAGAUUUCACCUGCGCAAUCUCUCGGCGACAAGCUAGAGUUAGUUGAAGUCUAUCCGCCAGACCGCUGGUUGCAAGACAAAUCACUCAUUAUUACCUGCGUCGAUUUCCAGCGGGACAGUACACUCCAAGUUUGGACAAGAUUUCGUCAUACUGAAACAGAGUCCCGUCAUGUGGUGGUAUUAUUGGAGUUAGAGGUGAAGGAUGCACUUCCUCUUGCUCGGUGCCAUGUCAUGACUGCAGCUAGGGAGGCAAGUUUGCAGACACUGGCAAAUAGAGUAAACAGCAUGUCGGCGAGUACCUUUGGCAAAACCCGCGCUAGUGUCGACUCGUUUCAUCUAGAGGUCAACGUAAACUCCGCGAGCUUGGAAACGUAUCAGUUUUAUAGGGUUGAGAUUACACCACUAGAUCUUCCAGCAGAAGGCACCGUUGAUGUGACGGCCGAGCUAGAUCUGCUUGACUAUAGUCAGCGUCUACAAGAUUUUUUCGAGGAAAGCCGAAAUAUCGGCCCUCGGAUCGACCAAAUAGCUGGCCAUAUCGGGGAGAAGAAAGCUCACGUUGAUCAAAGAAGUGCCUACCGCGACAAACUACUCCACCAAUUGGACCAAUUGCAGAGAGAAAAGGACCUCCUGGACGAAGAACUGGGCCGGAGCAAUAGGGAGCUUCGUGACCUGGCUGAUGAAGAUAAGAGGCUCAGGGCGCGUGACGAAGAGAUCCUCAACCAACUGUCAUCACCUCGACAAUUGCUGGAAUAUUUCGACGACGGGAGAAAUUUUCAAUGGCAUAAACUGAUAUUUAGUCGCCUCUCUGACAUACUACCAACCACGGAUCCCUACGUCUUGAAGAUGCCAGACAUAUUAGAACGGACGUACAUGCAAGCCGUUUUGACGGGAAAUACGGCCGCCAUCAAAUACCUGCACAGCCUUUUGAGCCACGCCAACUUUGAGGACGGGGCCUGCCGUGGCAUAUUGCAAACAGCAGUUGCGGGGGGAAGCAUGGCUGCGAUCGCAUGGCUUCUCAAAGCAGGCUUCGCGAUCGAUUUCGUGGACAAGCGCGGCAUGACCGCCUUGGCUCAGGCAAGUGCUCAAGGGAAUAUUGCAGCUGUUCAAUUCUUGCUUGAGCAGCAUGCACAGGUCCAACCGCAAGUUCCGAAUGUCGCUCCUCCGAUACUAUUUGCUGCUGCGGCAAACCAAGUCUCUGUCCUUCAGCUAUUACUGGAGAAAGGAGCAAAUACCGGAGUCACAAACAGCAUCGGCGGCUCUGCUCUGGCCAUAGCGGUCCGACAAGGCUUUAUGGAAGUGGCUAAACUGCUCAUCGGCUAUGGUGCCGCUAUCGAUUUGGGAACCCCUGACGGCUGGUCACCACUCCUCAUAGCAGUGCAAAUAGGCAAUACCGAAAUGGUUCGCCUACUUCUCAGUCAUGACGCGAGCGUCCAUAGCAAGGCUUUUGAACGGUACGCCGUUCGAGGAACGCAGUUUCACGCAGACCCUCGCGUACCAGGCAUAGAUGAAGCCACUUUGCACAAUUGGCUCCCGGCGGCAGGUGGUUGGACGCCGCUGAACCUUGCAGCACAAAUUGGAAGACUGGACAUCAUCCAGCUUUUGCUCGAGCGUAAACCCGACCUCGAGGCGAAGAACAUUCACGGUCGAACGGCAUUACUGGCUGCAGCCAGGAACGGCCAUUAUCAGGUUGCUCAGCUGUUGUUGGACAAUGGGUCCAACAUCGAAGCACGCGACAACUAUGAAGACACUGCUCUGUUACUAGCAAUCCGGGAAGGGUACGAUGAAGUGACCCAACUGUUGCUUGAUAAGGGUGCUACGAUUCACGUGGUAUCCCGCAAAAGGCGAACACCGCUCCAUGUGGCUACAAUAAACGGGCGCGCAAAUGCUGUGAGGGUUCUGCUUGAGAAGGGAGCCGGAUGGGAUCUGCCUGAUGCUGAAGGCAAAACUCCAUUGCAAUAUGCGUGGCAUCUGAUGCAAACCCCUCCCGGGCAGACGGCAGGACUACAACAAAUGCCGGAAAUCUACCAACGUCUGUCGAAUGCUGCUGCUAUGUACAGCGCCACUUUGCAGAAACCAGUGCAGUAG